AUUUCCCAAACUAAAAAGAGAAGUACCGGUCGUCUUUUAAACUUGCCUGGUUCAAACCAACAUUCUCUCAGAGGGCUCGGACUAAGACCACAGACAACUGUUCUCACUCCACUUCACUCUCUAGGGUUCCAUCCCAAUCUCCUUCUCAUGCAAGUUUUGGACAUGAGAGCCCUCCGAGCAGUCUCUAUCCACAAACAUCUUCUCACUCACUACAAUCGCAAAUUAACUUCUAACCCAUUUCAUAUCUAUUCACACUACUCCAGUUUUUCCCGCCAACUCCACCGUCGUUUCGGCUCCCAAGCGUCGGGCCUCAGUUUUGAAGUUCCAAACGGCGAAAACGAUUCGAAACCAGAAAGGAAGCCUUCCAAAGUUUGGACAGUUUACGAGCCUCUAUCGGGUAGGCUCGUUACGGAGAAAGUUCAAAAUGGCAGCGGUGAAGAAGAGUCGGAAGGUGAAUCCGAAAAGUCUUUAUCGAGUUCGGAAGAUGGGGUUGAGGAGUUAUUGGAGCAGAGGACUUAUGGGUCUGUGAAAAACGCGAAGUCGGGAGGUAUUGAAAAGAUUAAUUUGAGGGGCAUUGUGGGGCACAAGAAGAAGAAGAAGAACAAGAUUUGCUGGGUGUGUUCGAGUUGUGGAUAUACAGAUGGGCAGUGGUGGGGUAUGUGCCGGUCAUGUGAUGCUCAAGGCACGAUGACGGAGUUUUCUGAAGGUGAUGCCUUUGCCGGUGGUGCUGAGAUUCAUGGGUUGGGGAUGACAGAGAAAACUGGGUCUUGGCUACCAAAGUCGGAGGAUCAAGUGCUUCCUAUGCGGCUUAAGGAUGUGAAACGUGGUAUUAGUCAUCCAGGUUGGCGGAUAUCUUUGCCUGGACUUUUAGGCGAAGAAGUUUCUAUGGUUCUUGGUGGUGGUCUUGUACCAGGUUCUUUGGUUUUGGUGGGUGGUGACCCUGGUAUUGGCAAGAGCACUCUCAUCUUGCAGAUUGCUGCCUUAAUAGCUGAAGGGGGAGAGCUUGGCCGAGCUGCCCCAGUUCUAUAUGUCUCUGGUGAAGAGAGUGUGGAUCAAAUUGGAAACAGGGCUGACCGUAUGGGGAUUGGAACUGAAGAACUUUUCUUGUAUUCUAGUACUGAUAUUCAGGACAUAGUGAAUAAAGCUCAGCUUCUUUCACCCCGGGCAUUGAUUAUUGACUCAAUUCAAACAGUUUAUUUAAGCGAUGUGACUGGAAGUGCUGGAGGUUUAACACAGGUAAAGGAAUGCACAUCAGCCUUGCUCCGGUAUGCGAAGAAGACUAAUGUACCCGUUAUUUUGAUUGGGCAUGUAACAAAAUCUGGAGAAAUAGCUGGACCUCGUGUUUUGGAGCAUAUUGUAGAUGUUGUUCUAUAUUUGGAAGGGGAGAAGUGUUCAUCUCAUCGUUUACUUCGAUCUGUGAAGAAUCGUUUUGGAUCCAUUGACGAGCUUGGAGUAUUUGAAAUGUCACAAUUAGGAUUGCAAGCAGUUUUAAAUCCCAGUGAGAUGUUUUUAAGUGAGGAGUAUUCAGGCUCAGAUGUUUUAGCAGGUUUGGCUGUUGCUGUUACUAUGGAUGGAUCUCGAAGUUUUCUUGUAGAGAUUCAGGCGUUAUGUGUAUCUGGUAGUUCAACAAUUUCACGGCAGGUUAAUGGGAUAAAUGGAAGCAGAGCUGAUAUGAUUAUAUCAGUUCUUGUGAAGCAAGCUGGACUUAGGCUCCAACAGAAUGCCAUUUUCUUAAAUGUUGUGAGUGGGAUAGUGCUGACAGAGACAGCAGGGGAUCUUGCUAUAGCAGCAGCAAUAUGUAGCAGUUUCUUGGAGUUCCCUAUUCCUAAUAAUAUAGCAUUCAUAGGCGAAAUUGGCCUCGGUGGCGAGCUUCGAACAGUUCCAAGAAUGGAUAAAAGAAUACAUACGGUGGCAAAACUGGGUUACAAAAAGUGUGUAAUACCAAAAUCAGCGGAGAAAUCUAUAGGACCUUCAGCGUACGAGGGAAUGGAAAUCGUAGCUUGCAGGAAUCUCAAAGAGGUUAUCAACAGUGUCUUUUUGACCCGUUGAAGUGAGCCAAACAUGACUUUUCUUUUUGCAUUAGAUUGUGUUUAACUCUGUAAAUAUUUGGUGUAAAUUUACUUAACUGUACUUGGAUGAUACCUAUGCUAUUGCUUAGUUUUCUUACAUAUAUUUUUUUUAUUCUCGGCAGCAUAGGUAGGUUUUAGGCUCGUGGCAUAUUAAGCAACAAGGAUAUUCAAACUUUUAUUGGCGGUUGAAUUCUGUUUAUUUUUAGACCUGAAAAUAUCACA